AUGCCUAUGACUGCCUCAACCUCUACAACCACCUCCCUGGAAAAUACUUCGUCCUACGGGUACGACACCAUCUUUGGUACCAGCACGUCCUCUAGCACGACCGCUUCAGGCACCAGCUCCAACGAGUACCCCGUAUUCCCAAACGGUGCCUAUAUCUCCAGGUUCUAUGUUGUCUCGUCCCAGGACUCUGGUCUGACCGACCUGGACAUUGAUCUCUACAACGCAUGCUUCCUGCCGCAUAAUCCGUUGUCACACCACAAUUACCGCCGGGAUGACGCGUCUGAAGCCAUCUCUCCCAAGCCUACCUAUCUGAUCGACGAGGCUCCGUGUAAACGACAAGCGGCGAUUAAUUCUAAUUGCUACUUCCAAAACACGAACGGCAGUUUUACGGGCCUUCAGCCUUAUUCGGGCGACUGGGACGUCCAGCAGCAAUGCUAUUGUGACAUAUAUCCCUUCUUUGACUCGGCGGCCGGUUGUCAGGAAUGUUACAGGCAACAUGGAGGCAUCGAGGGCUACCACUGGUUCCCGCAGAGUUACGUGAUGGGGGUGUCUAGCGCCUACUGUAGCGCCAGUCCUCAAACGACAGGAUUCUAUUCUUUCGCAAAUGAAUACUCAAUGACCUCGGCAUCCAGUUUGCCUAGUACCACUGCUGUUAAUAGUUUAGGCACGCAGACAGCUGCUAGUCUUUACUACACCUACGCUGCAGCUACUGGUGGUAGUAGCACGGGUGACAAAAGCAGUGCUGCAGCAACCACGUGUCUGAGCUUAAGGAGAGCCUUACUGGCCGCACUACCACUGGUUCUAAUGCUCUCUCAGUGA